AUGGCUACUUCCAACUCCUCCAACGCUGACAUCUGCCGUCUUAUUCCUUCCUCAUCCUACGGUGACCCCUGCCUUGAUCUCUUUUUCAACUCCCUCAGACCAGACGACCGCGGAUAUACCAAAGUCUGCCUCAAAUAUCUGAAGCAACUGCUUCCCUUGGCCUGGUCCCACAAUCCCCUUACCACCCUCAAGCUCAUCUUCAGCGCUCAGACUUACGGUGUAGAGGGCAUGAAGUUCGACACGGCCGUGCUUUGGCUCCACCACAACCACCCAAAUACUCUGUUACGCAAUCUUCACUCCCUUGUCAACUCUGUCUCCUAUGGUGAGGGCUUGUAUACACUUGUCCAAAUUCUGUCCAACCUUCUAGUUCAGAAACGAGGCGGCCAAGACAACGACGCUGCUGCUCAUCCAGAGAGGUAUGACCUUGAUCCGGAUUAUAGGUUGUUACACGACCGUGUUAUUGAUAUUUUUGUGGAGCUACUGAAGUCUGAUAUUGACAAAAUGAAGCACCACAAGCUGAAACUGAAGUUUUUAAAUGAUGAUGAUGACCUGGACGACUUCGACCAACUUGAAGUUGAUGGUUUCGUAUCCGCUGCUGCAGAGUGUUGCACUGACAAAUGCCGUAUAAAGGGCCACCUCGCCAGCGCCCGCGCCCGCGUCAUUUUGCUCCGUGAAAGCAUUGGGAGGAGGCUUUUCCCCCUAGAAUCAGAUCAAUCAGAUGAGUGGGAACGGCUAAGGAAGGAGGUUUUGGUGCCCUUGACCAAGUACUACCAUCGUCAAGUUCUCACCGAUUGCUACCAUCGUGAAGUCCGAGAGCGCUGUGUGGUUGAGAAGUAUUUGGAGGAGGUGAAGGCGGCGGCAGCAGCAGCAGGAGGAGGCAAUCUAAGAGGUGGAAUAAUAAAGCUGGAUGCUUCGCUUCCAAAUGAGAUCAUAAAAUAUGUAAGAAGGGAGGAUGUCCGGGAAGCCGCUGAGGUUCAGUGGAAGGCAAUGGUAGAGGACAUAAAGCAGGGGGAGGGUUUGGGAAAAUUCAAAAACUGCUUGGUGGUGGGCUAUUAUUCACUAAACCCUAAAUUGGAUGAGCGUUAUCCAGAGCAGGCCUAUGCAGAGGCAGGGUUGGAAAUUCUGGUGUCGGAAGUGAAUGAAGAGCCAUGGAAAGGAAAGAUAAUAACAUACAGUGAUGGAAAAUAUCAGCUAGACUUGAUACAAGGACAUAAUCUUACGUCCAAGUUCGAAUUUAUGAGAACCGUGGAGACCUGCUGGACCUCCUUGGUGGAAUGUAAUAAGGAAUUUUUGGAGGUGUUUGAUUUGAUUCUGGAAGUGGCUGUGAAUGAGAAGUUGAGGGCAGAGCAGAUGAUCAAGAAGGUAAUUGUGUUCACCGAAGAUCUAGAACCUACUGACAGCCCCAUCUGGGAUGUUCAGUACUACGCCCUACAGAGCACGUUUGAGGCUAUUCGGAGCAAGUUUAGGGAUAAAGGGUAA